CCCGCAGCACCUGCUCCUGCCUGAGCUCAGCUCGCAUCUUGUUGCCAGAACUUCAGAGACGCGGUGACUGUGGAUUUCUUUGUUAUUUAUUCACGCUCUGCAUCAUUUUCCCCCCUCAUUUCUUUGCUUUUUUGUAACCAGAACAUUUCGCCGGGGUGAAGACGUAACGUUGCCGCACUGUGCAGCUCAUCUGGAGGAUGUUUAUUUGUCGUGGAUCUCCAGAGAGCUGUGAUUCAUCGUCAGCGGACGUUAAGACUUGUGAGCUUUAAGGAUAAAAUUGUUAUUUAGAAGCUGAUCCACUAUCGGGUGACUGUUACUAUCGGCGCUCACGUCUCCCUGCGUUUUUCCAGCUAAGUAUUAUUAUUAUUAUUAUUCAUCCAUCAUUAGAGAUUCUGUUGUAACAAGACAUUCGCCGUCCGUGUUCAUGCCAGAUCUGCAGCGCUUUAGUUUUCCAUACUAUAGCAUGAAUCCAUUGUUGGGGACCAACGCGCAUCUCCAUCAGCAUCCACAGCAGAUCCACUCUCCCGGACACCCCGACUCUCCCUCAGGUCUCCUGCCCGACGCCGUGUUCGGUGGACCGGACACAGCCUCCUUUUUCCUGGGUGAGCAGGGAGGCCCAGGGCCUGAUCAGCCGGGGCCUGACUUCACCACCGCGCCCUCCCAGACCUCACCUUACCGCCACCACAACCACAGCAGCCUUUACCAGCAGCACCGCGCCGCGCCGCAUCCUCCCGCAGCCAUGGCUCUCAGAAACGACCUGGGAUCAAACAUCAGCGUCCUCAAAACCCUCAACCUGAGGUUCAGAUGCUUUUUAGCCAAAGUGCACGAACUAGAGCGCAGAAAUAAGAUCUUAGAGAAGCAGCUGCAACAGGCACUGGAUUCCAACCAGGGCUGUCAGGGUGGAUGCUGUGGGAACAGGGCUCAUACCCAGGAAGCAGGUGUGCAGACUGGAUUUGUUGGUACCAUACCUCUCAGGCCCGGCUCCCUCCCCUUCCACAACACCAACAACUCAGCCAGGAGACCUACAACACUCUUCACAACCCCUCUCACUGAGAACACCAGUUCAACCCAAACAAACACAAGUAACCCAUCCAUCACCAUCAGCCACUGCUCCCCCUGUAUGGACUCUCCUGGCUUCAGCUCUAAAGCAGUCUCAAACUCGGGCAACUGCACCAACCCUCCUCCAAGGUUCCUUCCGGGCACCAUCUGGUCAUACAACCACACGCGCAAGUUUGGCGCUGGUGCGGAGCGUCUGACCAGCCCUGGAGUGUCCUGGGUGCACCCGGAUGGAGUCGGGGUCCAGAUCGAUACCAUCACCCCCGAGAUAAGAGCACUGUAUAAUGUCCUGGCCAAAGUGAAGAGGGAGAGAGAUGAGUAUAAACGCAGAUGGGAAGAAGAAUACACUAUGAGGAUGGAUCUGCAGCAGAAGAUUGCAGACCUACAAGAGGACCUGCAGGAGAGUGAAGGCUGUCAGGAUGAGCUGGCUCUCAGAGUUCAGCAGCUGAAGGGAGAGCUGGUUCUCUUCAAAGGUCUCAUGAGCAAUAACUUGUCUGAGCUGGACAGUAAGAUCCAGGAGAAAGCCAUGAAGGUGGACAUGGACAUUUGUCGCAGGAUUGACAUCACGGCUCGUCUCUGUGACGUAGCUCAGCAGAGGAACUGUGAGGAUGUGAUCCAGAUGUACCAGGUGCCGAACAGCCAGUCAUCCUUAAACUGCCGCCGGAAACAAACUCCCCUGUCGUUUAACGGGAGCGAGUGCGACGAGCCUGUGAGCACCUCUGAAAGCGACGGGGGCGUGGCCAAGGACGAGGAGCACUGUGGCUCAUCAGCCAAUCAGAUCAAUGAGGAGAUGCAGAGGAUGCUGAACCAUCUGCGUGAAUGUGAGUUUGAGGAUGACUGUGACAGUCUGGCCUGGGAGGAGACUGAAGAAACACUGCUCCUCUGGGAGGACUUCCCAGGAUGCACUCUGCCUCCUGACCCCGCCCACCCACCAGGGGAGGAGGACACUCUGGAAAAGGUGAUAAACGACACAGAGUGUCUGUUUAAGUCCCGAGAGAAGGAAUACCAAGAGACAAUUGACCAGAUUGAGCUGGAGCUGGCCACGGCAAAGAGUGACAUGAACCGACACCUGCAUGAGUACAUGGAGAUGUGCUCGAUGAAGAGAGGCCUGGAUGUUCAGAUGGAGACCUGCAGGAGACUCAUCACACAGAGUGGAGACAGUAACUCUGCAGCGCCGUCGUCCUCUGACGAAAGUGAUCACAAAGAAAACGACAAGUCGUCGGCGUCUCCACCUUCUUCCUCGAGCACUGGCAGAUCCUGACACCUCCUCACACUGGCAAUAACAGAGGCUGUGGUCAUGUGACCUCGGCUGCAUCCAGCUAUACCACACCCACACGAUAUAUACCCAUGGCUAUGGCAACACCAUGUUUACAUAUGUACCUCUCCAUUUAAUGACUCAUAUCAUUCACUCUAGUGCUGCCGGUGCGAAUCAGCUUUGGUGUGAGUUGCAGCAAAGCUGGAUGACGCUUGACGAUUGCAAAUUUACCGUAAGUCACUGGGAUGAGGUCACUGUGAUACAGCGAGGCAGUGCAUUGCUGCAGGAAAGCUGAGCAUGACUUAUUCACUCCACACUCAGCAACAAACACUUGUUAACCUGGGCGUCUCUAUGUUCAUCCAUGAGCUUGCACCUUUAAAUAAUCGUGUAUUGUACAGGAAUCCUGACAGCUUUAGGGCCAACUCCACCAACUAUCCAGUCCUUUCAUUUCUCUUAACAAACCAACAAAAACACAGUAGGCAGAUGUCAGUCUAACAGUGUGGCAGCAGUAGGUUGAACUGGAAUUGAGCCAUGGGAGAGAAACUGAUGGGUGUCAAAUGUGAGAUUGGUAUUGAUAAUGGUGAGUUUGAGUUUUUAGAGCCUGAUAAAUGUCAUGAUUCAGCAUUUUACUGCCUUCCAGCUGCAGAUUCACUGCUUGCUUUGUAUCUGUGUCAUUUAAACCAUGGGCAAAGCUAAAGGCUAAACCUAAAUAAGUCAUAACAUCUGCGCAAAUAAAAUUCAAUUAUUUAAAAUAAACAAAAACAUGAGCGGCGUAUAAACUGGAGCAGCAGGGGCUGUAUGUCUGCUUCCCAACAUGACAAUAUUGUUGGGUAUAAUACUCAAACAUGUCGAUCUUGUCGGUCUAAUGAUUAUUUAUUGGUCCCUUUCAGGUUCAUUCCCUGAAUUCAAUCAGUUUGACCAUAUUGUCUGAUACUGAUGUGCUUUGCAUUUUGUGGCUAAACUAAAAAUACUGUUAUAAUGUUUCCACUACACUUAAAACAAAUCUCUGCGGCUCCUAUACAGCGUUGGCAGUAAGUACCAGCAUCAUUCUGGAUGUUGCAGCUCUCAAAUACAGAUAAUAGCAUGAUCAGCCACAUCAAUUUCUCAGUCUUGCACAACAUAGAAGAGCCAGCAAAGCAUUUUCAGAAAACAGGGGACACAAUCAAGACCACUGACAGUGUUUCAUAGCAAACAUGUUGUACAUGUGAAAUGCAUUGAACAUCACAGAUAAUGUCUGUCUGAGGUUAAUGAGAGACCUUAAAGCAGCACUGAAACAUCCUGUUAAUGUCGUCAGUUUAAAAUGUAGAGCUGUGAGGCUCACACACGGAGAGUCACACACACACGCAGUGACACGCAGGUGUCACAUAGGAGCUGUUAAUACCUUUUAUUUUCAGCAGAAAUGCUUAGUUUAGAGUUUGUGCAGAGCUGCAUGGUGAGUCACUUAAGGAUAAUGUGAGAGGGUUAAAAAUAAUGUAAGUUAACUGUGAGUGCCAAAAAUAAAUGAACUUUGACAUGACUAUAGAGGAAAUUGCUGAGAAAAAAAGAAAUUAAUAUAGCUGCCAAAGCUAUUUCACCAAGGUGCUUGAUGUAUAUGACUAAACCUCUUUUUGAGCCUAUAAAAGUUUGCACACAGAAAGGAAGAGCAAAGCAAAAAUGUAUGAAACAAUCAGCACUAUUACUUGUAACACGCUGCGAAUAGAUAACUAUACUCCUUCUGUUUGUAUUUCCACAUCUGUUUUAGAUGUUGUAGGGCUGGGUCAUAGAAUAAUCAAUGGAAACUGAUUCCAUACCUCGUUUUUACUUUAUAUUUGUUUGUUUCUGGGCACAGUUGUAUGUGAUGUUUCAUCCACACACUCACUGCUACAGUAAAACAUGAAUGUUUUAGGGGAAAAGCUCCCUUCUCCUUCAUCAUGGAUUUAUUAUCAGACACUGUUGUCUCAAUGUAAGU